AUGUCCGUCGGCCAUCCUUGCCACGUCAAGCCUCGCGGAAUGAUUGCAAGGGCCCUUGUCGUGCCGGCCUUUGGGACCAUUGCGUUCAGAAGCGUGCAGAAAGACAAGUACAUCGCUUUAGCCGUCAGCAAAUUGUUCGAUGCUCCGGAAAGAAGGCUGGUAGAAGGGGCCGGCGCCGUUGGGCUGGCUGCACUCUUCGAGUACUCUGUCCCAGAGCUUCAACAUAAGAGGGUGGUCGUCGUAAUUACUGGACGCAACCUCUGUGCCGCAUCGACCUUGCGUUUGUGCCUGAGGAGUUACUUCAGGGAAAGGGAACUGUUCGCGAUACUGGAUAUCGUUUUCCGACACGAAGAAGAAGCGGACUGCUGGAAAAAGGCUUGCGUCGAGGCUGAACAGCAGCAGCGAUGGACGGCGGAUGAAGAGGAGUUUCGCGAAUGUUUGACCCUGCACCAGGGUCACACCGAAGGAGUCGAUUGUGUGCACCUGAUGCGUGACGCUUCUUUGUGUGUAUCUGGUGCCCGCGAUCGUUCCCUGUGCAUCUGGAAUUUGAGUUCUUCUGGCUCAAAUGACACACCUAUGGUGAUCAAAAAUGCAGCGCACAAUGGAUGGAUUUGGACGAUUUCAUCGCAAGAAAAUCGCGUCUUCACCGGCUCGUUUGAUAGUACGAUCCAUGCUUGGGAACUGCAGCAGUCUGACAUUGUCUUGUAUUCUAAUAUAUGUUUCGACUCACCGGUGAUGUCAUUAGCUUCCUGUCCGAACAUCGUCUACGCCGCCACGUAUAAUUCUUGUGUUAACGUAUGUGACAUGCGUUGCACUCUGAACCCUAUGCGUUCGUUGAAGUUGCACACAGGAACGGCGUUUUCGAUCGCUACCUCUGACAACUAUCUGUAUAGCACAGGCGCGGAUUCGUCUGUCGCGUGCGUGGAUCUCAGAACGUUUGCGGUGCAGAGCAGAUGCUCGAUCGGGCGGAACGGAGUCAAGCUGUCGUACCACAAAGGCCAUAUUUUCGUUGGCACUUCGUCAGGUUCGCUGUAUCUCAUGAACUCGCCGCCGAGAUCUCCCGGGUUAUCUGUCGUUAAAGUAGGUUUGUAAGC